CUCUCUCACUCUUUGCGUGAGCUUAUGGAUAUGUUAAACAGCUCCACCGCAGAGCAGGAUCCGAAAUACACGAAUCCGACCCGCCAUCACCUGGAGUUUCCAUCCGGGUUGACGCCGGAGGAGUUUGAAGAACUGAAGCCCUCCGUGACGGAGCACCACACCUACCCGGUGGCCACGCGCCAAUGCUCCUCCCUCGUAGCGCAGCGAAUCCACGCGCCGCCGCAAAUGGUGUGGUCCGUGGUGCGGCGCUUCGAUAACCCCCAGGCCUACAAGCACUUCAUCAAGAGCUGCCAAGUGAAAGAGGGUUUUAAAAUGACCGUGGGUUGCACCAGGGACGUGAACGUCAUCUCCGGUUUACCGGCUGCUACCAGUACCGAGAGGCUUGACCUACUAGACGAUGAACGACACGUCAUCGGUUUUACCAUCGUCGGAGGAGAGCACCGUCUUAGGAAUUACCAUUCCGUCACCUCAGUGCACGGGUUCGAGCGUGACGGGAAGAUCUGGACCGUUGUUCUGGAAUCGUACGUGGUGGAUGUGCCAGAGGGUAACACCGAAGAGGACACGCGUCUGUUUGCUGACACAGUUGUGAAGCUAAAUCUGCAAAAGCUCGCGUCUAUCACCGAAGGGAUGAACAGUGACGGUGAUGGUAAGUCAUAGUUGCUGGUGAGGUGACCUAAACCCGAAAAAAGAAGGGGAGUUGAAUUAAAAAAAAAAAAAAAAGCAUUAUAUAUUCUUCUCUUUCCUUUUUUAUUUUUAUUUUUGGAAUCUCUUUGGUUUUUUUGUCUUUUUAUUUGA